UACCUCUUCAGCAGUCUUACCUCUCACCACCUGCAAUGGAGCAGGAGAAGCCGAUUUGAUCAUAACAGUUUGAUUUGAAAAGAUGGCUAAGAGACGAAUGGCAUCAGACCAGGCUUCUCUCCUACCCCUCAUUUUGCCCAAUCCUGUCCUUUUGUAAACCCCAUUGCCACGAACAUAAGCAAUUUAUUUUCCUAGUCUCCUUUCUCCCACCCUUGCCCCCUCGGACGCGCUGGGACGGACCUGCCCACGCCACUUCAGUGCGGGGCCGGAGCCGCCCCCGUGUGCCCACGAGAGGGCUGUGAGGGCUCUGGGGGUCGGCACAGCCCCAGCACCGAGCCCAGGAGCCAGUCCCGUUUCUGCCGGCCCCGCCGGGUUGCCGCGGGCACUCGGUCCCGCUGGUGCAAGGGACGCUCCGGGCGGGCUGGCUCACGGUGCCCGCGGGCUGCGCACGUCAGGGGAGCCACCCGUCACGGCCGUGCGAUCCCGGCAUAUAUAGGGGAUGCGGGGGCACCGCCGGCCGAUCGCAGCCGCUCCGUGCAGGGCACGGGCUCCGCAGCGCUAUGGCCCUGGCCCGGGCGGUGGGGCGGGCAGGUGCGGCUGCGGCGCUGGCUCUGCUGUGGCUGCUGGUCUGCGCUCCGGGGGACGCCGGCUGUCACCCCCUGACAGUGGCCGAUCUCUUCGACCGGGUGAUCCGGCACUCGGGCAGGAUCCACAGCCUCUCCACGGCGCUCUACGCCGAGCUGGAAAAACACUUCCCUCCCCGUGACAACGAGCUGGGAAGGCCCGUUCGGAAGUGCCACACGUCGGGGAUGCUGACCCCCAACGGCAAAGAGUACGCCCAAAAAAUCCCGAGAGAAGAACUAACUCACGUGAUACUGAAACUUUUGCAAGCCUGGAAAGAACCACUGUCCCACUUUAACCAGCAUAUUGAGCACCAUCAAGAGCUACCUGAUGACAGCCUUAGCAAAGCUAAGCAAAUCAGCAAUAUGGUACAUGAGCUGAAGACUGGAGUCGAGAAAGUAACAGAGAAGAUGCAGUCAAUGGGGAUCAUCAGCAAUUCAUUAAAUGGAAUGGCAUCAUCUGAAGACACUGGUUUAUCAAUUAGUAAUGAAGCAAACAUGAUGAGUGACUCUGAUUUCAUUCACUGUUUUAGGAGAGAUUCCAAUAAAGUACAAAGCUACUUAAAAAUUCUCAAAUGUAGGAUUAUGCCAGAAAAUAGUUGCUAAAUUGUACUCCUUUGACAAGUAGUCUUCAGCAUGUUGCUUAUAAAGAUUAAAAAAAAAAAUAGAACUUCUAAAUUAUCACUUUAACAGUAAUUUUAAUAAGAAAGUGUUUUUAAAAUCCUUUGGAAGCUGGCAUAGUUGACCAAUGCAGAUGAAAUACUAAAGCCUCGUGUAUGUCAGUUAAUGCACCAAUAAAAAGGAGUGCUCUAGCAUUAGAUAAAUAAAUGUUCUUGCAUGUUACACUGUGGCAGACUAUACUAUGGCUGAUUCACAGUUUAGAUAAAUACAUAGAAUUACAGAAUGGCUUGAGUUGAAAGGGACCUUCGUGAUCAUGGAGUUCCAACCCCCACUCUGCCACUGGCAGGGAUGCAAUCCACUAGACCAGGUUGGUGAGGGCCCCACCCAAGCUGGACCUGAACACUUCCAGAUAUGAGCCAUCCACAGCUUCUCUGGGCAAUGUAUUCCAGUGCCUCACCAUGCCUCUGAAUAAAGAACUUCUUCCUGACAUCUAAUCUAAAUCUCUCCUAUUUUAAUUUAAAACCAUUCCCCCUUAUCCUAUCACUCUUAUCUAUGUAAAAGUUGCUCUCCCUCUUUUUUAUGAGCAAUCUUUAAGUCAUGUAUGGCUGCAAUGAUA